CGCAGUUCGUUGAAAAUACCGCAAUAAUUUGAAAGUGUCAAUACAAGACCAAACUUGAAUUGUUUUAAUGCAUUUAAGAUUAUAUUUUAUGUUUUAAAUAUUAACAAGCUUCUAAGACAAUGGCAGCAGCAUUGGAAGAUCCAUCCUUGGAGCGGCAUUUCAAUGGCCAUAGAGAUACAGUCACAGGAAUGGACUUUAGUCCAAACAUGACACAAUUAGCAUCUGGGUCCAUGGAUUCCUGUUUAAUGGUGUGGAAUUUUAAACCCAAAAUGAGAGCAUAUAGAUUUGUUGGUCAUAAGGAUGCGGUACUUUCAACAUGUUUUUCACCAUCUGGUCAUUUAGUAGCCUCAGCAUCACGAGAUAAAACAGUUCGAUUAUGGAUACCAAGUGUGAAAGGUGAGUCAACCGUUUUCAAAGCUCAUACAGCUACAGUUAGAAGUGUAGAUUUCUCUUCAGAUGGACAAACAUUAUUAACAGCAUCAGAUGAUAAAACAAUAAAGUUAUGGACGGUUCACAGACAAAAAUUUCUUUUCUCUCUCACUAAACACAUGAAUUGGGUCCGAUGUGCAAAAUUUUCUCCAGAUAAUCGUUUGGUCGUAUCUGGUAGUGACGAUAAAACGGUACGAUUAUGGGACAGACAAAGUAAAGAUUGUGUUCAUACGUUUUAUGAGACAGGAGGAUUUAUAAAUAAUUGUCAGUUUCAUCCUAGUGGUACAUGUAUAGCUACUGCUUGUACUGAUGGCAGUGUUAAAGUUUUUGAUAUUAGAAUGAAUAAAUUAUUACAAAAUUAUGUUGCUCAUUCAGCAUCAGUUAACAGUUUAUCAUUUCAUGCUAGCGGUAAUUAUUUACUAUCAGGAUCAGAUGAUGCUACAUUAAAAAUAUAUGAUUUAGCCGAGGGUAGAAUCUUUUAUACCUUACAUGGUCAUCAGGGACCUGUAACAGCAGUUGCUUUCUCUAAAAAUGGUGAAUAUUUUGGAUCAGGAGGAUCAGAUCAACAGGUAUUUGCAUGGAAAACUAAUUUUGAUCAGGCUGAUUUUCAUGAAGGGUCUAAAAAGAAGUCAAGAGAUGUUUCACCACCAACAGUUUCUGAUAUACCACCUCGUAUCAAAACAACUCGAUCCAAAUCACCAAAGAGACCAUAUAGAGUUAAAUUUACGCUUGAUGCUUACAGUGAUAUUAGAAAUAUGGAAUCCAUUAACCAGGAUGUAACAGAUGUCGGUCCCACAUUCUUAUCUUCCUAUCAGGGAGCUGUAACCAAUGGCUAUUCAUCUGAUCAUGACAGAACUGAUGACAUCAUGACAGUAGGAUCAGAGAGAACACGAUCUGACAAUAGAGAACGAGAACAUGGCUACACGUCGUCACGAGCCGAUCGUGAAGACUAUGAUACCCAGUCUAUCACACAACCAUUAGAAGCUAAAUCAUUACCUCCACAAUUAACACAGUUUAUGGAGACGAUAGCAGGUCAAUUGGACAUCUUAACACAGACGGUUUCCUUGUUAGAACAAAGACUGACAAUGACUGAAAACAAAUUACGAGAAUGUUUAGACAAUCAACAGAAAAUUACGCUUCAAGUUCGACCCACAGACUGAUGAAAAGGAGACUAGCAUUAACAGGAAAAAAAUAGAUAAAAAAUGUUUUUCUUUUAAAAUAAAAUAUGAAAUUGUAAUAUAUUGUUUGUAUAUUUAUUCUUGUAUAAAGUAAACCGUUUAUUUUUAAAGUGUAUAUAUGUGUCAUUUUAUCAACUCUUCAUUCUAGUUCCUGGUUUAUCAUUCCGUCCAUCUCUACUAUUGUUUAUCUAGAAUAUUCUCACAAUUUUGUUUUUUAAUUAAACAUACAUUAUGCAAGAGUUAAAUCUGCCAAUUGCAGGUCUUUCUUUAGGCCUGAAAUGUUAUCUAAAAUAUUAAUAAACAUUAAAAUAUCCAGACCAUAAUCAAAAUUCAAUCGCUAAAUACUUGGUUCAGGGUGGAUCAAUUUGACUGAAAUUUUCAGCAAAUUCCCUUUACAUUAUCUAUUUUCUAACUAUUAUGGUGAGAACCGCCAGCUCUUUAUGUAAUCUCCCAUAAUGUAUGUUUAAUUAAUUUCAAAUGAAUAUAAAUAUAGAGAUAUAUUUCUUUUAUGUACAUUUGACUUAUAAAUAAAGGGGUAGAUAUAUAUUUAACAAUUUUCAAAUUGAUUACUGUUUAAGAUGUGUAAAUAUACCUAGAAUAUAUAAUUCUCUAAACAAUUACUAUGGUUUUAUUACACUGCAAGAAUUUAACAAAAUUUCACAAGUUGUUAUCAAGCACAUGUCAACACUUACAUAUGCAUGAUUAGGAACUGUUAAAUGAUGUUGAAACAUCACAGUGUAAUAACUAUAGUAAUUGUUAUCUAUAAAUAGUGUUUUAUUUGAGAACUAUACAAUAUAAUAUAUUUUGCUGUGGGGUAAAUUUCAUAGACAUGCAUGUAUUGACAUUGGUAUUAUUAAUGGUAAAAAACUUUUAAUCAACUGUUUUUGUGCAUCUUACAACUACAAGGGCUGUUAAAAACCCUGAUAUAUAGAUAUAUUGCAAUACAGAUCCUCCGCAAUACAUAUCAUACAAAAUCUGGUGUAUUAAUAUUUUCACACUACUUUCAUUUUGUUUGGAAAUAGGCUGUUUGUAACUAAACACCUUUUCAUAUUCUUCAGUUCAUUAAUAUUCCAGAAAACAAUAGCUCAAGAAGAAUUUGUACAAAUUACUUGUAACUUUAGUAAUCUUUGAGAGGCAUUUAGUAACUGGAUAGAACAAUAAACUAUAACACAUACUUAUGGAAAAACAGCUACUUGAUUUAUUUGGGCGACAUUUCGAAGAGUAUUUUCUCAAUGUUAUCAAGCUAUUGAGAGAAUAUGUGUGUGUUAUAGUUUAUUGUAACUUUAGAUGUUUAUCUGUGGUAUAAGGAUAAAAAUGCAAAAUUGUUUCCAUUGCAGCUUAAUUUAUGAAACCUAGGUUUUUCUCUUGAAAUUGAGAUUUUUGAAUGCAAUAUACAGCCCUGAUCUUACAGACUUUAAUAUUUUGACUGAGGGAUUAUUCUCUCAUUUGUUUUAGUGUCAUGAAACAUUUAUAUACCGGCAGUGGAUUUACAUAAGAUACCCACUAAUAAUUGAAAACAAUUCUUUACAUCAGUGGUUCCAAAUACUUCCCCACUUGCAGACCUCUUGGAAUAUUUUACAAAUGUUUGUUAGGACCCCAUCUACAUUUACACAGUGUAGGGACGAUAAAACUUGGGGAAAUGUUCCUUAUUAAUUUAGUUAUUUCAGAAGGCUGGGAGGAUGUAUAUUAUGUUUCUGCAUUUAUUGUUAUAUAAUAUGAAAUCUUAAAGGAAAAAUCACAGUUUUUACAGGAUCCUGCAAACACAAUUUCUGAAAAAUAAAACCAAAAAACAUCAUGGUAUUCUAGAUAGUUGUCAAUUCCACAACCGUUUGAGUUGUAGAUAGAUUAUCAAGUACAAAGUUAUUGCUAAUUAAGAAGCAAGUCUCCAUCUUCAGUUUUAGUCAGUGAAAUAUAUCUGAGAUUUCUCCUUUAAUAAAACUAUUCUAUAUUUCUAUCUAUGAUCAUACAUUACAGAAAUAACUCAAUAACGACUUUAAAAUACCUGUAUUUAUUUUCUUUUAUUUCUACUUGAACGAUGUAGAAUCAAUUCCAAUAUUGUUUAAGCAUUGUUCUCGAAUAUUGAAUGCAAAUUAUUGUAAUACAAUAUGUGAAAUGCAAGUAUUGUCUGCAAAUUCCAGGGAUUAGUUUUAACCAGGUCAUUAUACAUACUAGAAUGAAUGUAUUGUUUAGUUAGAAUAAUUUGAUACAUUAAUAAGUAUAAUAGUCUAGUAUUAUACAAUAAUAAUAGUAAGCCAUACUUGUUAGAACAUUGACACAGAAUAACAAACAUGGCCUAUUUAACUAUUUACUAUAGAGGAUUGGGUGAACUAACACAGUCAUGCGCUUAGGUCAGUCAUCGAUUCAUGUGGCUGUGCUUUCAAACUUUGUGGGUUUUCUCUGGGUUCUCCAAUUUUAUUCCCACUUCUGAAAACCCUGCAUGCAAGCAAAUAAUUCAAAUGAAGAUACACCAGUUAGUACUGAAAUGACCUAGUUUGCCUACUAAUCUAUCAAACAAUUGGCAUAAAGAACAAGUUAACAAAAAGCCAUCCAUAUCAGCUGAAUGGUUAGCUGUGAGCAUUGUAUCAUAAGGCCUGUCAUUGAGUCAACUGGCGUGGUUUCAAUUCCCCGGUUGUACAUAACAAGGAGUAGGGUCGCCUGUCCAAUCUCGUGGGUUUUCUCUGGGUCCUCCAGUUUCCUACGCGUAAGGGAAUAAUUGAAAUUAAAUUGAACCGUAUGUUAGUCCCGAAAUGACCUAGUUUGUGUCAAGUGGACAUUAAACCCCAUUUCUCUCUCUCCCUCCCCAUCCACGUCAGAUGAUUAUAAAAAGAAUCUUGGGAAUUUACUGUGUAUGGCUGAAAAGCUUAAUGUAUUAGAUGACACAGCUGACUGGGUCAAAGCAAAAAGGGUGUAAAAAAAAAAAGAUCGGUUGCUGAGUAAAGAUAGUUGCAAUAUUUUAAUUGAAAAUUGAUAGAGAUUAUGUAUUUAAAAAAAUAUGCUUUGGAUAAUUUUGAUUAACCAAAACAGCAUAUAUCUUAUCCCAACAAUUCACCAGGUCAUACAUUAUGUCACCUCCAGAACCCAGUUUAACAUUAAAGCAGCUGGAGAUUGUACCGAAACCAAAGCUAGUCCUGGGCUCACUGCAUACAUAAUUUGGGAAUACAUGAAACCUGACAAAAAUGUUUUUGAGACUUGGUACUUCCAAUGUUCAAUAGCGGAGCCACGGUGGCUAAGUGGGUAAGACGCUGGAUCGCUAGCCUGGAGGUCAGGUGUUCGAUCCCUGCAUUGGCCAAGACAGUUCAUCAGGAUUUUUUGGAAUGGUUUCCCCUUGUCAGUGAAGCAUGAUGAAGGGCCUGACAAGAACAGCUGUCUAGUCAUUUGGAUGGGAAGACAAACAGGUCCCAUGCAUACACUGGUGUGUAUGUAAAAGAUCCAUUGGCAGUUGGAAUUCGAUAUAAAGAGUAGGUCAUAAUGCCGCUGCCCGGGCAAAAUAUCCCUCAUAGUACACUGUUUAACGUAUGCCCAUCAUCAUUAGCCCAGUAGAACAGUAGGACGUUAAACCUCAUUUCAUUUUUAAUAAGCAACUUUAAUUUGGGUUUACGCAGUGACAUAUUUCCCGGACGAGGAAUGUCACUAGACUCCAGUUGUUGCACAGAAACUUCGUUUUGCUGGCUUUGUUGUCACUUGACACGCUCAACGACCUCAAGUUGACAAUCCUAUUACAUACAGUAGUUGAUGUUUACAUCUGUUACCGUGUGUAAAGAAUGUGGUAGGACAGGCUCUCUAUAUAUUUCGUCUCGUAUAGCAAAAACUUGCUUGCCUGGAGUAGAAGCUAUUUCACAAUCCUCAUGGUAUUAUCGUGUUCUCGUUUAGAAAAAGUUGUUUCGUUUCUUUUAAAGAUUUUUCUUUUUGAAACAAAAUACAAAAAACUACAAAACAAAUGAAUUGUUUAACAAAUGAAACGUAUAUUUAACUACAUGUACAUGCACUAUAAAAAAGCGGGCGGGGGUUGGAUGGGCCGAAUAGUUAGCAAGUGCGCGCUAUAUCAUAAGGUCUGUCAUUGAGUCAACUGACGUGGUUUCGAUUCGCCUGUUCAACCUCGUGGGUUUUCUCCGGGUUCUCCGGUUUCCUCCCACUGCUAAAGACCCCU